GAGACAGGGAGAGAGAGAAGGAGAGAGAGGGAGAGGCAGGGAGAGAGAGAGAGGGAGAGACAGGGAGAGAGAGAAGGAGAGAGCAUCCCUUGGCCACAGAUUGGCUGAGCGGCGAAAAAGCCCAGCAUCGAGGAGGGAGGGAGGAGCAGCCACAGAGGGGGACACGGCCGACAGAGACGCGAGCUCAGCUCAGCCCCGCGUGCGCAUCGCCUGCCCGAGCCGCCGUUGCGUCGCCGUGUGAAGCAGAGACCGCGGGCUCGCCGCACCCCGCUUCCUCCCCAGCGCCUGCCCGCCAGGCCGUCAGCCAUGAACUUCCUGCGCCGCCGCCUGUCCGACAGCAGCUUCAUCGCCAACCUGCCUAAUGGCUACAUGACGGACCUCCAGCGGCCAGACCCCCCUCCACCACCUCCUCCCACAGCAGCCUCGUCCGCCACCCCCAGCACGGCUCCUGCCCCAGCCCCGACCCCGGCCCCAACCCCAGCUCCGGCACCCACCCCCGCCCAGGCUCCCUCUGUCACCCCAACCCCGGACAGGAGACCGCAGCUGGCCCAGACCUCCUCCGGCGGUGGGUUCUUCAGCUCCAUCACCAAUGUGGUCAAGCAGACGGCCGCCUCCGCCGGCCUGGUGGACCAGACGCCUGCCGCCUCACCCAAGAAGUUCAAAAUUCUGCUGGUGGUCGAUGAGCCACAGCACGACUGGGCCAGACUCUUGAGAGGGAAGAAGGUCCAUGGAGAUUUUGACAUCAAAAUAGAACAGGCUGAGUUCUCGGAGAUUAACCUUGUGGCACACGCCAAUGGCACCUGCAACAUCGACAUGCAAGUGUUUCGCAACGGAACGAAGGUGGUCAGGUCCUUUAAGCCAGAUUUCGUCCUCAUCCGACAACACGCCUUCAGUAUGGCGGAAAAUGAGGACUUCCGCAACCUGAUCAUCGGCCUGCAGUACGGUGGUAUACCUAGCAUCAACUCCCUGGACUCCAUCUACAACCUCUGUGACAAGCCUUGGGCCUUUGCCCAGUUGGUAAGCACUUACAAGAGGCUGGGCCCAGACAGAUUUCCUCUGAUUGAGCAGACCUUUUACCCAAACUACAAAGACAUGAUCACCAUGCCUACAUUCCCCGUAGUUGUGAAGAUUGGACAUGCCCAUUCCGGCAUGGGAAAGGUGAAGGUGGACAACCACGGUGACUUCCAGGACAUCGCCAGCGUGGUGGCCAUCACGCAGACCUACACAACCACAGAGCCCUUCAUCGACUCCAAAUAUGACAUCCGGAUUCAGAAGAUAGGCAACAAUUAUAAGGCUUACAUGAGGACGUCCAUCUCAGGAAACUGGAAGACCAACACAGGCUCUGCCAUGCUGGAACAAGUGGCCAUGACAGACAAGUAUAAGCUGUGGGUCGACACCUGCUCUGAAAUCUUCGGGGGACUAGACAUCUGUGCAGUGAAGGCCAUCCAUGGCAAGGAUGGCAAAGACUACAUCACCGAGGUGGUAGGAUCCUCCAUGCCGCUGAUUGGGGAACACCAGGCUGAGGACCGUCAGCUUAUCGCUGACAUGGUGGUGGCCAGAAUGAACCAGACUGUGGCACGAACCACCAACCGCUCCCCACAAAGGCCCACCACCGUCCAGCCUCCUCAGUCGGCAGCCCCGAAGGAAGGACUGACAGACGGCGGCAAGAUCCCAGCGCAGCGGCCGGCGCCCCAAGGGGGCGCAGUGCAACCCCAAGAAUCGCAGUCUCAAAGUCAGGAGGCUCCGCCGGCGUCCGCUCCCAGUGUUUCUGCACGGGACCCGGCGCCCCCACUGGCCCCUGCCCCCACCACACAGCAGCCCCAAGCUCUGGGCCAAGGCUCACCUGCUCCCGGCAAGCCGGCAGACCAGCCUCCGAAAGCGCUGCCUCCGAAACCGUUGCCCCCCAAGCCUGUGCCGCCCAAGCGGCAGAACUCCAAGCCCCAGAUUCAGCCAAAGCCACAGCCGUCCACUCCAGCCAAGGCCCAGCCAACCCCCCAAGCUCAACUCCCACCUCAAGCCCAGCCCCUGGCCUCAGGCCCAAAUCCAGUCCCAACCCAAGCCCAGGUUCAGCCAGUCCCAGAACAGCCUGCUGCCCAACAGAAGACCCAACCACAGCUGAAUAAGUCACAGUCCCUGACAAACGCCUUCAGCUUCGGUGACACGUCCUUCUUUCACUCCAGCAAUGAGGAUGAGGCCAAAGCGGAGACCAUUCGAAACUUGCGAAAGUCUUUCGCCAGCCUGUUCUCUGACUAGCGCCUGUUGCCCAGCGCCAGAUAACGGUCAAACGAGCGCUCGAAGAUGUGUGUCCAAGUCUUGGAACAGUUGUGUUUCGUUGUGCAUCUCUUUGUGUCGCGUACCUCCUAUCCCCACUGGGUUGCCAGCAAGGUCCUGAUGGUUUAGGUACAGAGGUACUUUUUUGAUGAAACAGGGGUGAUAUUUUUGUAGUCUAAUGAAGAGAUUUACAGUGAUGUUGUUGGCUGAGUGAAACACAGAAUGAAAAAACUGUGUAGAGUUAUCCAUUGGUGUUAUAGCUUCAUUGUGACUGUGUAUUCCCAAACAAAACAGUUGUGGUUAGUUCCUCUAGCUUUUCGGUGUAUGUGUUCGAAGAAGUCAAUACACUUAUGUUUCUUAUUAUAUUAUCACCAGGUCCUGAUAGUGGCUCAAUACAUCAGUUCAGAUUAAUUGGUGGAACUCAGACACAUGACUGGGAUGGCCAGUUUCACCAAACACAUGGCAUUUCAGGCCACUGCUUCGUGUCCCGUGAAGAGUUUUGCUGUCUCGCACUUUGGUAGACCUUGUCAACCCGCCCGUCCGUGAAGUGUUGAAGCCUCAUCACUGUGUUUCUGCGGUAGAAACCCCCUGGCGUGUUGUGCAGUGUGUUGCGCAUCAUCCUCGAAGCUGACUUCCCACCUUGGCGUUGUUGCCUCCAUUUUGUCUUCUACCUGUAUUCAGUAUUGCUUUGCAUGACCCAGUGAUGACUGUUUCCUCUAUAGUUGUCAAUAAAUAUGUGACUCAUCAUUCA